CUUACCCGGUACAAUGGCAGCCAAGUUCGUCUUCGUCGUGCUCGCCGGCCUCAUCGCCUUGCAGGCGGUGAUGGCGGACUCGAGCAGCUCCAGCAGCUCCUCCGACGAGUCCGCCAAGCGCCGCCCUGCCCAGCGCCCUGCCAGGCGCCCCGCCCCCGCCCGGGUGUGGUACGCGGACGCCGAGUCGCCGUUUGAGGACGCUUCUUCCGACGAGGACUUCUGGUACCCGGAAGUGGUCGUCAGGCGUCCGAAUGGCGGCCGGUACGCUCCUCUGCCCCGCGCCCGGCAGUACCAGCCCAGGCGUCCGGACUUCCUCGCUCCCCGGCAGUACCAGAACCAGCCCAGGCGUCCCAUCGUCGUCGAGCGCGUCCCUGCUCUGCCUCGUCCCGUGCAGGGCCGCAACCACCCUGCGCGUCCCUCCGGCGUGGACUUCAUCACCCCCAACCAGCCUGGCCGUGACUCCGGCGUGGACUUCAUCACUCCCAACCAGCCUGGCCGUGACUCCGGCGUGGACUUCAUCACUCCCAACCAGCCUGGCCGUGACUCCGGUGUGGACUUCAUCACUCCACCAGCUGGCCGUGACUCCGGCGUGGACUUCAUCACUCCCAACCAGCCUGGCCGUGACUCCGGCGUGGACUUCAUCACUCCCAACCAGCCUGGCCGUGACUCCGGCGUGGACUUCAUCACUCCCAACCAGCCUGGCCGUGACUCCGGUGUGGACUUCAUCACUCCUGGGCAGAACCAAAACCAGCCCGAGCGUCCCUCCGCUGCGGAGGUGAUCGCUCCUGGUCAGAACCAAAACCAGCCCGCCCAGAGCGCCCCUGGGGGGCGAAUCCUCUACAGGGUUUGAAGCUCCUCUACCGGAGCAGGCCGUCUUCAGGUCCGGGGAGCCGGAUGAGGAGGACACCAAGUAGGCGCAGUCUGCAGACGCCGCGCCGGUCCGGUAGAAGCAUCCCCUGGAGCUCGCUCUAAACAAGGACAUGGUUCAAAAACGGCGAAUAAAGAGAUAUAACUUCACA